UACAUAGUCUUUCUAAUCUGUGACUAUAGGUUGAAGUUUGCUUGGUUUCUUUGGACUUUUGGAGUUGAAUUUUUGGUUUAUUCAAUUAUUUAUGACGGGAUUGCAUUAAUAUAUGUGGCCAGUGUUAAACUGUGAAGUUGUGAUGUUUCCUAAAUAAAGUUAAAUAUAUACUUAUCAGGCCAUUUAUAUAAUUAAUAUUGCAAUCUGUGUUUGUGCUUUGUAACCUUUGCGGCGCCUCUGUCGUCCAGUGUCCUGAUUUAUCGCUUCACAAACUACAGAGAUAAGGGGGAAUGAAAAUACAGAUGAGCGCCAUUCCCGGUGCUCUGAUACCGUUUAUACGGAUGCCGUGAGCUCUAGCACCGAGAGCGCACGCCGUCGCCGUGAUGAGCACAACCCGCCAUAAUGCGUCGGCGGCCAUUUUAAACCGGAGACGAACGCGUUUGUCGGCUCGAGAUGGCCGUCAACCGCGGCGCCCACGCACUAGGCCACCCUGCGCACGCGCGCCCUCAUGCCCCCCAGCACUAUGAAAUGUGGAAACAUAGCAAGUGGCGAAAGAAAACGUCACAACCAAGGACAAACGUAGCAGUUAGGGUGCCCAGAUAGAGACAGUGCACCGUGAUAUAAUUAGAGGCCUAAGUGUUACUGUUUUGUGUAAAUAUAGUGGAGUGUAAAUGUUAAGGAUGACGGGGGAGGUUCGAGGCUUGCGUACACCGCUGCUCGAGUGCGGUGGUGAAUACGCCCACGCACACAAGGCGACGGCUCCACGGUGCUGUUUUUGGCUGGCCAGCCACGUCAACUUGAAGAAAUGCGUCUUUGGCAUCAUGUUGUUAUCCGUCCUCACCAGUUUAUUCUAUUCUUAUUACGUUACAGUACCAUUCACGAGUCUGGUGUGGCGUGAUCGUGUGCCGCGGCCUCUGGCACAAUGCUCACUGCUGGCCUCGCAACAACAGCAGGCAGCGCGCGACCACCGUUCGGACGCGCGCCUGCGCAUCGACGCCAAAGUGCUGGUCAUCGUGGAGUCGGCCUACUCAAAACUUGGACGCGACAUCGCUGAGCUGCUUGUCGCCAACCGUAUACGGUACAAAUUAGAAGUAGCGGGCAAGAGUCUGCCCGUGCUUACUACUUUGGACAAGGGGCGCUACGGUGUGAUUGUGUUCGAAUCGCUCUCCAAAUACGCUAACAUGGACAAGUGGAACCGAGAACUGCUCGACAAGUACUGUCGGGAGUAUUCCGUCGGCGUCGUGGGGUUCGCGACGCCUGGAGAGGAAACGCUCGUUGGUGCCCAACUAAAAGGGUUUCCUCUCUUCAUGCAUACCAACCUUAGAUUGAAGGAAGCAACGCUGAACCCUGCGUCGCCGGUGCUGCGGCUGGCGCGCGCCGGGGAGACGGCGUGGGGACCGCUGCCCGGCGACCACUGGACCGUGUUUCGGGCGAACAGCACCACCUACGAGCCGGUAGCCUGGGCGCUACGCCAAAACGAAUACGCCUCCACCGAAGAGCGCGUGCCACUAGCAACCGUGAUCCAAGACCACGGUCGGCUGGAUGGUGUACAGCGGGUACUGUUCGGCUCCGGGCUUCAAUUCUGGUUGCACCGGCUGCUGUUCCUCGACGCCUUGAGCUACCUCAGCCACGGCCAGCUCAGCCUCAGUCUCGACAGGUGGAUCCUCGUGGAUAUUGAUGAUAUCUUUGUAGGCGAAAGAGGUACACGUCUUCACGAAGAGGAUGUAGCAGCAUUGUUGGCAUCGCAAGCAGCGCUGCAGAGGCUGGUGCCAGGAUUUCGCUUCAACUUGGGAUUCAGUGCUAAAUAUUUCCACCAUGGUACCGCGCUUGAAAACCGUGGAGACGACGCGUUGCUGAAGAACAGAGAACAUUUUACAUGGUUUUGCCACAUGUGGAAUCACCAACAACCGCAUCUAUACAACAAUGUAUCCCAAUUGGAAGCAGAGAUGAUGUUAAACAAACAAUUCGCAAUCGAGCACGGCAUCCCUACUAACUCUUGUUACUCGGUUUCACCUCAUCAUUCUGGAGUUUAUCCAGUACAUGAACCACUGUAUGAAGCCUGGAGAAAAGUAUGGGAUGUUAAGGUGACAAGCACAGAAGAAUAUCCCCACUUAAGGCCCGCAAGAUUGCGUCGCGGGUUCCGUCAUAGAGGUGUAAUGGUACUGCCACGUCAGACAUGCGGCCUGUUCACACACACCUUACUGCUGGAGCGGUACCCCGGCGGCAGGCAACGGCUCGACCGUUCCAUACAAGGCGGCGAACUAUUUCAGACGGUCAUCAAUAAUCCAAUCAACGUGUUCAUGACCCAUAUGUCGAAUUAUGGCAACGAUCGACUGGCGCUAUACACUUUCGAGUCGGUGGUCAAGUUCCUGCGGUGUUGGACGAAUGUUCGACUAGCCUCUGCCCCACCUCUAGCGCUCGCCGACAAGUACUUCCAGUUGAGGCCCGACGAACUUAAUCCAUUGUGGGGGAAUCCAUGUGACGACAUCCGUCACCGGCGCAUAUGGUCGAAGAGCAAGUGGUGCGGCACGUUGCCCAAGGUGCUGGUGAUCGGUCCGCAGAAGACGGGCAGCACGGCCCUCUACACGUUCCUCGCUAUGCACCCAGCGCUAUCACCCAACCUGCCCAGCCCCACCACAUACGAGGAAUUGCAAUUCUUCAACAACAACAACUAUUUGAAAGGAUUAGAUUGGUACUUGAAUUUUUUUCCACCGAGUUUGGGAAACAACACACAAAUGACAUUCGAGAAAUCAGCUACAUACUUCGACGGUGAGCUGGUCCCACGGCGAGCGCACGCACUGCUGCCCAACGCUAAAGUCAUUGUCAUCCUGAUAUCGCCUUCUAAAAGGGCAUACUCGUGGUACCAACACAUCCGCUCGCAUGGCGACCCGGUGGCCAAUAACUAUACCUUCCACACUGUCAUCACUGCCAACGACUCCGCACCUAAACCGCUCAAGGACUUAAGAAAUCGCUGCCUGAACCCCGGCAAGUACAGUCACUACUUGGAGCGAUGGUUGGCGGAGUUCAGCAGCCACCAGCUGCAUAUCAUCGACGGCUCCCUCCUCCGGUCGGAGCCCGCCGCGGUCAUGAACACACUGCAGAAAUUCCUUAAAAUACCACACAUAGACUACAAUAAAUUGCUCAAGUUCGACCCGAAGAAAGGUUUCUUCUGCCAAGCAGUGAGUAACGAGAAAACCAAAUGCCUUGGCAAGUCUAAGGGACGCGUAUACCCACCAAUGAGCGAACUGUCUGCCAAGUUCUUGAAGAAGUACUAUACUCCCCACAACACAGCUCUAUCAAAAAUAUUAGUGAGACUAGGUCGACCCGUGCCACAGUGGCUUAAAGACGAGCUCUCAUCUAAUGGAUAGCAUAUCUUACAACCUUACAGGUUGGAACAAAUCAAGAAAACGCACAGACUUAUCAAAGUCUGUAUUGUCACCAUUCCUUGACAGGGUCGUCGAAUGGUGGCAAAAUGUAAGUUAAACUCUGGGCGUAGAUCGUGUUACGCAUUGUUGUUUUUCAAAGUGUUUCGAUGUGAGAGUAUCUUUGUUGAAAAAUGUCUUUGUCUAUCGAUUCUUGUAAUAUAAUGUUUAAAGAGUGAUAUUAUAAAUGACUUAAUGUUCUUGCUCUGUUUGUUCGAGACGAUGAAAGAUAAUUAUCAUUAUAGUUUUAAAUAUUACUGUCGUAUAUAUGUAGAGAAUGGCUCUGCGUUCCCUGCGAAGCGGUUAGUUAAACUUUGCUUGCCUGAACCAUGUUGUUUCUUAGCCAUAUUACGGAGGAAGUGUCCGGCAGCUUUUGUUAUUUAUCUGUCGGAUUAGGUGCUAUUUGUUAGUAGUAUUGCAACUUUGAUCACGUCUCUUAAUAUUAUGAAUAUGUUUUAUAAUUUACUUUAUAUAGAAUAUUUUGUUAAUAUAAUUAGCAAUUAUUUAAACAUACGUGACUAUUUAUUUCAAUGCCAUAUCAUUAUUUGUUUACAUAAUCAAUGGACGAUGGUAUUCCCAUUCAAUGCUAUUACCGGCUAGGUUCGAGCUUAUUCUAGUUCAUUUUAAUUACAAUGUACGUACCUGGUGCAAUUUUUAAAUAUAUAGUCAAUUUAUUUGGUUUAUGUCGAAUAUUUAGUAUUAAAUAUUGUUUUAUAAACGUCUAUGUCUGUCUGUGCCAUACAUGCAGUUCAAGCUAACGGCACUAACGCAAUAAUGAUUUGUGUGUACUUACAUCACUGGAAAUGCAAACUUGACAAUAGAACAAGGAGCUAGUCUACUUAGUUUAGUUUCGUCAUUACAUUAUUAUUUGUCGACCACGACACGACAGUCAUCAAAUCAAUAUUCUGUUGUAAUGUUUACAUUUAUACGAAAACAUCUGUCAUCACUAAUAAUCAAUAACAGUUUUGUUACCGUUUUAGUAGUAAGAAUGUCUAAUAUACAUAUUGAAAAUGUGGCGUUAUAUUUUAAAUAAAAAUAAUAUCAAUUGUGACAUAAUAAUGAAUGAAUCAUAAAAUGUAUUUGGUAUAUAUUUUGAUAUGAAUGAAUUUAUUGGCGAGGUCACUCGGUAGGAGAUGCGAUUUGUAAAUCAAAUCGUAAUACACAUUAUUUUCUGUUGUAAUAGAUGUCGGUACUUAAAACUUGUACAGCAUUAUUUUCUCCUGAAUAUAGUACAGUACAGAAAAAUAUAUGAAAUUUAUAUUUUAAUUAUAUAGAUUAAUGUUUUAAUGGUACGUAUUUAAUAUCAAACAUUCAGUUGUAAAUGUAUUAUCUAUUAAAUAUAUAUAUUAUAAUAUUUUUUUUUUGUAAAUUUCACCUUCGUGUUACAACUUGUUUACGGAGACGCGCAGCUAGGCGUAGAAUUCGGAUAGGACAAUUGAACAAUUUGGAUCUUUGUGCGUAGGUAUUUAAGCUGAUUUUUCGUUUGUAAGAUACUCUUUAAUGUGGAGAGGUCUGUAGACGGUCAUACUGCUUGACCGAAUCACAUAUAUUUUGGUGCUUAUUUGGAGAGACGGAACUGAAGUAAACGCUUCAUCUUACAAGUGGCAAGAAAUGCGUGCUUAAUUAAUCCGCUUAACUGUCUACAUAGCCCAUAGCGUGUGUGGAUCAUCCUACAUAAACAAUUGAUCAGACAUAAUCUGAGAACCUACUCAGAAAUAACAAAUCCGAAGAUUCAACUGCAUUACUAAGUAAAACUCAAUGUUUCGGUCCAAUCAAACCUGUUUGUGAAUAGAAGAUAUGUACCUUAUUUACAAUAAAUUAAGCUUAAAAUAUAAUUGCACGUUUGCACGUAAUUGAAAAUUUGUACUGACCGAUAGAAUCCAAUAUACUUCCUAGUAGAAAACCAAGUACGAUAUUUAAAAAAAAUAUUCGGAGGUUUUUUAAUUAGAGAGGAUGUGUCCACAAUACAGAUUUCCACGCUACACGCAGCAGAAAGCUACGCUUCUCUGUAAACGAGGUCUUAGAAUUUUCGAUGUUCCAAUUAUUGUCAAGAUGUUAUGUAUCACGUAGAGAAAGGCCUUACAAAGCGAAGAAUGAACGUAAUUUGGUAUUUCAUUUCACGAAAUUUUAUGGUGUGUAAUUUGUUUAGCUACCUGAAGGUCAUUAUUCUGUCGUUGAUAGAUUAUGUUCCUGUGGAACGGUUGUGUUUACUUGGCAAUAAUAGUUGCUUCCCACUGAAGUUUAACCAAGGGGUAAAGUCCACCAACUCAUUAAUUUCUAUUGGAAACUUGUUGAUAUUUUAUUAAUAUGUAAAAACAUUAUUUAACGAUACAGCCAAUGACUGCUCUUGAAAUGUGUUCUUUAUAAGAAAUUAAUACAUUACUUAUUUUAUUAAAUGAUUUAAAACUAAA